CAGCGCUCCCAGUAAGAGCGGCACUGGCAGGAAAAGCGCUCCCAGUUCCCUCCCAGCGCUCCCAGUAAGGGAAAUCGCUCUCGGAACCCGCCCAGGACAGAGCGCGGCACUGCCCGGACCGGGCUGGGAGAGGAGGAGGAGCGGGAGGAAGAGGAGGGACAAAGGAGGAGGAGGAGGGAAAAACGAAGGAAAAGAAAGAGGAAGAGGAGGGACAGAGGAAGAGGAGGAGCAGCCUCAGCCCCGCUCCGGCCGCGGCUCGCCCGGAUCCGCCGGCAUCGCCCGCCCGGAGCCCGCAGAGCAGGAGCUGAGCAUGGAGAGCAGCGAGGACAAAUCCCCGCGGCGGCAGAACCUGGUGGCAGAGGCCGUUGGGAGCGGCUCCACGGCGCAGGAAGGCAGCGGGGAGGAGAAGGCGCGGAGAUGCCUCAGCAGGAGGGGCUGCAAAGGCAGAGCGAGGGGAUCCGAGGGGGAAAGAGCCAGGCUGGGCCGGGGAGGGGGUCAGAGAUCAGAGCUGGGGGUCCGUGAGCAGCUCCAGGAUGGGGAGAAGCCCCACAAGUUCUCAGAGCUGGGGGUCCGUGAGCAGCUCCAGGAUGGAGAGAAGCCCCAGAAGAGCUCAGAGUUGGGGGUCCGUGAGCAGCUCCAGGAUGGGGAAAAGCCCCACAAGUGCCUGGAAUGUGGGAAGAGCUUCAAGAGGAGAUCCUGCCUGAUUGUCCACCAGAAGAACCACACUGGGCAAGAGCUGAGAUCCGAGGGGAAAAAACCCAGCCAGGGUCAUGGAGGGGGUCAGAGAUCAGAGCUGGGGGUCCGUGAGCAGCGCCAGGAUGGGGAGAAGCCCCACAAGUGCCCGGAAUGUGGGAAGAGUUUCAACAGGAACUUCAACCUGAUGGUCCACCAGAGGAGCCAUACCGGGGAACGACCCUACGAGUGUGGUGAGUGCGGGAAGGGCUUCAUCUCCACCUCCAACCUGUUUUUCCACCAGAGGAUCCACACCGGGGAGAGACCCUACGAGUGUGGUGAGUGCGGGAAGGGCUUCGCCUCCACCUCCCACCUGAUGGUCCACCAGAGGAUCCACACCGGGGAGAGACCCUACGAGUGUGGGGAGUGCGGGAAAUGUUUCGCCUCCAACUCCCACCUGGUUCUCCACCAGAGGAGCCACACCGGGGAGAGACCCUACGAGUGUGGGGAGUGCGGGAAGUGCUUCACCUCCAGCUCCAGCCUGACUGUCCACCAGAGGAGACACACCGGCGAGAGACCCUACGAGUGUGAUCAGUGCAAGAAGACCUUCCUGAGCUGCGGUGAUCUGGUCGUGCACCAACGCUCCCACACGAACGAGAGGCCCUUCCAAUGCCCCGAGUGCAGGAAGGGCUUCAGCGUCUCCACCCUCAACCGGCACCGGCGCAUCCACACCGGGGAGAAACGCUACAGGUGUGAUCAGUGCCAGAAGAGGUUCCAGACCAGCUCUGACCUCCUCAGCCACCAGCGGAUUCACACGGAGGAGAGGCCGUUCCACUGCCGUGACUGCGGGAAGGGAUUCAGGCACAAGGGCGCCCUCAUCGCCCACCAGCGCGUCCACACCGGGGAGAAACCCUACGAGUGUGGGGAGUGUGGGAAGAACUUCCGAAGGAGCUCCCACCUGACUGUCCACCUGAGGAUCCACACGGGGGAGAGGCCCUACGGGUGUGAGCAGUGCAAGAAGAGGUUUUACACCACGUCUGAUCUGCUCAAGCACCAGCGCUCGCACACGGAUGAGAAACCCUUCCGCUGUCCCGACUGCGGGGUGGGAUUCAGGAACAACUCCAGACUCGUCAAACACCAACAAAUCCACACCGUGGAGAGUCCCUACGAGUGUGGGGAGUGUGGGAAGAGCUUUGCUAGAAGCUCUGCCUUGGCCAGGCACCAAAAGAGCCAACACUGAGGGGAGCCCUGGGUGGGAUGAGCUUGGUGGUGUGCUCCAUCCCCCACAGGAGGAUCUGCUCUGGAUGGUCCCAGGUGGGCAGAGCCCAGGUGAUCCCUGUUGGAGCACACCUGGCUGGGGGCUCCUCAUCCUCCUGGCUCCUCGUGGCCUGGAUUUCCUUUCCAUUUCUCUUUGUCCUUUCCAAACCCCCAAACCUGGAGUUGAGAAUAAAGAUGUUGAACUGAAACAAGGAUGGGGAUGAGGGGGAUGCUGGCUCCGAGGGAGUUGAGGGUUCCUGGGGCAGAUUUGGGGCUUCCUCAGGACUUUGGGCACCCCACACCCAGCAGCUCCAUCAGGGGCAGCUGAUCAAGGACUCCCUGCCCUGGAAGUGUCCCCACGUCCUCCUGUCCUGGUUCCUGCUGUCCUCCUGUCCUGGAUCCUGCUCUCAUCUGAGUCCAGAUCCCAUUCUCUGUCUCAAUACCUGUCCCAUAUUCUCUCUCUGGUUGCCAUUCCCAGAUUCCUGUUCCCCUUUUCCAGUCCCUAAUUCCCAUUUCUCCAUUUCCUGUCCCCAUUUUCCUGAUCCCAAUCCUAGCCCAGUAUUCACGCUCCUGCCACAGACAUAUUUUAUGAAAAAUCUUUUAGUUAGAAUCUCCUGAGGAGCUGAGAGGCCUCAGAAAUCAAAUUUAAAUAAUUAUCCACCACUGUGGAAUGCAGCUGGUGCAUCUUUGAUUGAUCUCAUUUGGUUGUUUUUAAUUAAUGGCCAAUCAAAACAAUUAAUUGUUUUGAUUGGCCAUUAAUUAAAAACAACCAAAUGAGAUCAAUCAGCUCUCUCAGAUUUUGGUCACUCACAAGAUUUUAUUCUUAGAUUUUAUUAUUAUUCCUUUCUGGCCUUCUGAUGAAAUCCUUUUUUUUUUUUUCUAUUCUUUUAGCGUAUGUUUAAGGCAUCGUUUUAAUAUAAAAUAUAUCACGAAAUAAAUAAAUCUGCCUUCUGAAACACGGA